AUGGCCCCUAACUCACAGAUCUCUCCCGUCCCCUCCUCCCCUCGCAGCGGCCACCCUGCUCGCGUUGUUCCAGCAGUGGGGUCUCCGGUGCGGCCCGACGGUGAACCCGGGGCACCCGUGCAGGACGCGGGACUGGAUCGAGUCCUUCGCGCAGAAUGCGUCCGUCGGCUGCAGUUGCGACCGCUGGCCCGUGUGCCGCAUCACGCACCUGAACAUCACUGGAUUCUGGAAUCUGACCGAGAUCCCGCCGGAGCUCUUCAACUCGACGGAGCUGGUCUCUCUGGGAAUUCGCUGGCCCAAAUGAGGAGCCAAAGCAACACCAAGUCACAGUUUCACAUGCCGCUUCUAAGGGGAGAUAUGCAAGGUUUAAAGAGAAUUUGAAUGCCAAGCCACUGGAGACGAAGCAAAACCACCAUCAAGUUGCUGUCUCAUGCGCCGCUUCAAAAGGGAGGUAUGCAAGUUGAACACUCCUAACCUCUUACUUAUUUCUUUUUGGAUUGCUCAUUGGUGUCUGCUGUGCAAACUGCUUACACUAGGCAUUGGUGUCUGUUUCUGUGCAAACUGCUUACACUAGGCAUUGGUGUCCCUCCACUCCUCACAGCGCCCCCUCUCUUCCUCCCUC